CUUGUCUGAACAAAGAUGACAACGGCCCUUCAGAGGACAAAGACCAUUGACGAGAGCUCUGACCGACUGACACACUACGAGAGGGAUUAUUCCAUCUCACAGCUUCAUAUCAAACUGAGGGUCACAGCAGGACUCAGAGAGGGCCUUACACUCUGAUAAUCAUGCAUGGACACGGGACACAGACUGCAGGUCACUUUGUCUCUGGUUUGAUAAGGAGCUGAGGGAUCACAGGAGCCUUUGGUUGGACCUCAGCUUUAACUCUGCACCUAAACGUCCCAGCACAAAUCGACUUCAACUUUCCGGAUCAAGAGUUUUUGUGCUGCACCAUCAUGGCUGAAUCCAGCUUCCCUUUACCGCCGGACUCCUUCUGCCAGCUGUGUGUGGACACAGUGAGAGACCCGGUCACAAUCCCAUGUGGUGACACCUACUGCCUGGAGUGCAUCAAGAUCUACUGGGAUCAGUUUGACCAUAUGGGUGUGUACAGCUGCCCACAGUGUCGGGCCACCUUCACACCCCGACCCGUGCUGAGACGCAGUCUGCCUGACGUCAACCAAGAGCCACGCCGCCAGCUCCCCGAGCUCACUCCUUUCCCCCACAUGCACCGGGAGUCCUACUGCGACUUCUGCGUCGGCCGUCGCAACAGAGCGGUGAAGUCGUGUCUCAUGUGUCUGGCCUACUACUGCGAAACACACGUCAAGCCGCAUUACGAGUCAGCCACCUUUAAGAGGCACAAGCUGGUGGAUGAGACGGGACACCUGGACAGGAAGAUCUGCCCCCAGCAUGAGAAAGGCUUGGAGCUGUUCUGUCGCUCCGACCAGAUGUGUAUCUGUGUGCUGUGUACCGUCAGAGAGCACCGCAGCCACAACAUCACCUCAGCUGAAGAGGAGAGGAUUGACAAACAAAAAGUCUUGGUGGUGACUCAGUCUGAAGUCCAGUACAUCAUUCAAGAGAGGAUGAAGGAGCUGCAAGACCUCAAACAUAAUGUGGAUGCUCUCAAAAGUGCCGCCCAACGAGCACAGACAGAGAGCGAUAAGACCUUCCAUGAAAUGCUGCAGGCGGUGGAGCGCUGGAAGGCUGAAAUCAAUCAGCUGAUCAUGGCCAACAUGCAGUCGGCGAUGUCCCAGGCGGAGGGCUACGUGGAACGUCUGGAGCAGGAGAUUCAGGAGCUGCAGCGCAGAGAUGCAGAGCUACGGCAGAUCCUCGAGACGGAGGACAACAUUCACUUCCUGCAGAACUUUCCCACCCUGUGCGUCCCUCCUGAAGCGAUGGUUCCCAAAGUUCUCAUUAACCCUCAGUUCUCUUUCGGAGAGAUGAGCAAGACGGCCAUGGACAUGAAGGAACAUUUGGACGACAUCUGUAAGAAGGAACUGGGAAAAAUCUCCAAGACAGUCAGUGAAACUCCUGUGUACAUUCUUCUGCCCAGGAAUGGAGACAAGAGACUCAAAGUUCCUUCCAGAGUCGAUUUUCAGGAGCCGAAGACCAGAACAGACUUCUUAAAAUACUCCUGCAAGCUGUCCUUUGAUCCGGUCACAGUCUAUAAAGAGCUGGUCCUGUCCGACGGUAACCAGAGAGUCACACGGAAGAAAGCGGCCCAGUUUUACCCGGAUCAUCCAGAACGCUUUGACGGUUUCUCCCAGGUGCUGUGUAAGGAACCGAUGACUGGAUUCAGGUUUUACUGGGAGGCUGAGUGGGGCGGUGAGUUUUCCAUCGGCGUCGCUUACAAGAGCAUCAACCGAAAGGGGAAGAAUUCAAACAGCCUGUUGGGUUACAACGACAAGUCCUGGAGUCUCCUGUGCUCAGACUCCGGGUACUCCGCCUGGCACAACAAAGUAGACCGAGACCUUCCCGAAGCUCCCCGGGCCUCACGGCUUGGCGUAUACCUGGAUUACGCAGGCAACACUGUGGCCUUUUACUCGGUGUCAGAGACGAUGGAGCUCAUCCACAGAUUCAAAGCUCAGUUCAGUGAGCCUCUGUAUGCUGGUUUCGGUGUGGGCUCCUCGGUCAUCCUCUGCCCGUUAAGGCAGAAACCCACGCCUUACUGAGACGCAACAAACAGGGAGGAGACAAGAAGGGCUUCAAACUGCUGCUGUAUACACUGUAAAUAUAAGCUUUAAUGCAACACAAUAUAACAGAUUAAAUGAUGAUUCACUGAGCACAACAGAAAAUCAGAUAUGAAAUAUGUUCAAUAUAUGCAAGUCAUUCAUUGACUUAACAGACGCUGCAUGUUACCUUACAAUCAUUGUAAUGCUAAUGAUUAGAGCUGUGUAUUCAGCUAUGCGAUGGUGUGGUCAAAAGACGCUGCAGACAGAAGACAGAAACUUCCACACAGUUUGUCAAAAUGUUUUUGUUAAUGUAUGUAACGUACAAAAACAAAAAUACAGCUUUUCAAAUAAAAUCGUCUGUUCAUAAAAAUG